AUGUCCAGCGUCUUCCGCGUGCUGAUGCCCUGCUUGACCUUUCGAGACAUUGCACUCUUGAUGAAAGAGCUCGACACAGGUGGAUCGGAGGGAGGGGGCGGCGAUGAGAAGGUGUCGCGCAUGGAGUUCCUGGCGUGGUUGCAGAAGGGAAGUCCCAAGGCUUUGGAAGUGAAGAAGGAGAUCAUCGCGACCACGGGCAUUCGUUGGGAGCAGCGGAUCAGGAGGGCCUUCCAGACCUACGACAUUGACAAUUCGGGUCUCAUGGACAUGGGCGCAAUGGCCAUGGCAUUGAGAAACCUGGGCUCCCUCACCAACGAAGAGGUCCGGAACGUGUGUGCGGAUCUGGACAAGUCCAAGGAUCAUCGGAUCUCCUACGCCGAGUUUCGCGCUUGGAUCAAGAACGGCAUGGGCUCACGAAGCUUAGGAGAAAUCGAGAAGGCGAAGGCCAUCCUGGCGCCCAGUGACAGUGAUGGCUUGGAAGCGGUCUUCUACAACUUUUGCGGUGCUGGCAAAGCAGAGCUGGAUGGGAAGAGCUUCAUGAAGCUCUGCGAGGACUGCCAGCUGCUGGAUCGCAAGAUGGGAAGCGCGCAGGUGGAUUUGAUCUUCUGUGAUACCCGCGUGAAGAAGAAAGGGCAGCGUACCAUUGAUGUGGUGCAGUUUGAAGUGGCUUUGGAACUCUUGGCAGAAAGGCUGCGGGUGGUCGAGAAGGUGGUGUGUUAG